AUGAAAUCUUACAAACUAGUCGCCUGGGGGCAAGAGGGUCAAUACGUCGACUCUCCAAAACCAGUUCCGGGACCUGGCGAUGUUCUCAUUCGCGUCAAAGCGGUUGGUCUCUGCCGCUCAGACCUCGACAUGAUGGACAGUCCACCUGGUAGCGAUCCAUAUGCCUCUGCCAUCGACGCAAACUACAUUCUCGGCCACGAAACAUCUGGCGUCGUUGAAGCUCUCGGAUCCUCGGUGACUGACCUGUCCAAGGGAGAGAGUGUCGUUGUACAUCAUAUGCGACACUGUGGGUUCUGUACUUUCUGCGAGGCUGGGGUUGAGCAGCACUGCGAGUACUUUAAGCGAGGGGCUAUUGGAAUGACUAGGGGCUGUGGCUUCGACGGGGGCUUGGCUGAGUACCUUGUUGUACCUCGUACUGAGCUUGUAUCUAUCGGUCACGAGGAUCCGGUGAUGUACGCUCCUCUCACCGACGCGGGUGUGACUGCGUAUGCUAGCUGCAAGGAUAUUCUCAGAAAUGCACGCCCUGGACAAUACAUUUUGGUCAUUGGCAUUGGCGGGCUUGGGUCAUAUGCUGUACAAUUCCUCCGACUUCUCACCUCUGCUCGCAUCAUUGCUGCCGACAACUCACCCGAAAGGCUGGCCCUCGCCAAGGAACUGGGAGCAGACGAAGCAAUUCUAUCUGAUGCAAGUUCAAAGGCAGAAAUUAAACGGAUUACUUCAAACCGAGGCGUUGACGGCGUGGUUGACUUUGUUGGAAGCGAUGCAACAUUGCAACUAGCAGUGGGUGUCGUUCGACCCCAGGGGUUCGUCUCUGUCCCUGGUAUGCAAGGCGGAUCUGUGCGUUUAGGCUGGAACUUGAUGGCGACGAGUGCUAAGUUUUCACUCUCUCUUGGAAGUACACGGCAGGACUUGCGGGAGGUGUGUCAGCUUGCGAGUGAAGGGAAGCUGCGUAUCGAGGUUGAUAGGUUUAGCUUUGAUGAGAUUCCGAAGGCCUACCAGCAGUUGCGUGAUGGGAAGCUGAAGGGUCGUGCUGUCAUUGUUAUGGACUGA